GAACAGUGACUGCAGGCUCUGAGCUCUGAGAAAACACUGCUGCUGCCUCAGUGAGCUAGAGGUCUGGGGACAACACCAGCACAGAGAACAGCAGGGGAGCUUUCUAUCCACAGACAGGAGCUGCGAGCACAUUGUAUGUACAACUUCUUAUGGUUAACAGUUAAUGAAAACUCAGCAGGUUCAGUGGGAUCCCUAUGAUCCAGACCUGUGAAGACUCUCUGCAAAGGCACUAGUGAGCAAGAAGAUGCUUUCAUUAUCGUGUUGCUAUGGGCUCUUUGCGUUAGUUUUCUACCAAUGGCUUGGGAUGUCAUUGUCACUGAAUCUUGAGGAUCCGAAUGUUUGCAGUCACUGGGAAAGCUAUUCUGUUACAGUUCAGGAAUCCUAUGCACAUCCGUAUGACCAAAUCUAUUACACCAGCUGCACAGAUAUACUGAACUGGUUUAAAUGCACUAGACACAGAAUUAGUUACCGCACUGCAUAUAGACGUGGAGAGAAAACUAUGUAUAGACGUAAAUCUCAAUGCUGUCCUGGAUUCUAUGAAAGCAAAGACAUGUGUGUUCCUCACUGUGCUGAUAAAUGUGUCCACGGCCGCUGCAUAGCCCCCAACACCUGUCAGUGCGAGCCAGGAUGGGGAGGACCCAACUGCUCCAGCGCCUGUGACGUUGACCACUGGGGGCCACACUGCAGUAGUCGAUGCCAGUGCAAAAAUGGAGCAUUGUGCAAUCCCAUUACGGGAGCAUGCCAUUGCGCUGCUGGCUUCAAGGGCUGGCGCUGUGAGGAACGCUGUGACCAAGGGACAUAUGGGAAUGACUGCCAUCAAAAAUGUCAGUGUCAGAAUGGGGCAACUUGUGAUCAUGUAACUGGAGAGUGUAGAUGUCCUCCUGGGUAUACUGGUGCCUUUUGUGAGGACCUUUGCCCACCUGGAAAACAUGGUCCCCAGUGUGAAGAAAGAUGUCCGUGUCAGAAUGGGGGAGUUUGUCACCAUGUGACUGGAGAAUGUUCCUGCCCUCCGGGAUGGAUGGGCACAGUCUGUGGCCAGCCUUGCCCCGAGGGUCGCUAUGGCAGAAAUUGUACUCAAGAAUGCCAGUGUCACAAUGGUGGGACGUGUGACACUGCCAGAGGCCAAUGUCACUGCAGCCCUGGAUACAAUGGAGAACGAUGUCAGGAUGAGUGUCCUUUUGGGUUGUAUGGAAUGCACUGCGCUGAGACAUGCAAGUGUGUUAAUAAUGGAAAAUGCUAUCACAUCAGCGGUGCAUGCCUUUGUGAGCCGGGCUAUACUGGGGUACACUGUGAGACAAGAUUGUGCUCAGAAGGCCGUUACGGGAUGAAGUGCGACAAACAGUGCCCGUGUCAUGCAAAGAACACACUAAGCUGUCAUCCUAUGUCUGGAGAAUGUUCCUGUAAGCCAGGCUGGUCUGGCCUUUAUUGCAAUGAGACUUGUUCUCCCGGCUUCUAUGGCGAAUCCUGUCAGCAGAUCUGCAGCUGCCAAAAUGGUGCAGACUGCGAUAGCGUGACUGGAAAAUGCAUCUGUGCUCCGGGUUUUACGGCCGUCGACUGUUCAAUACCUUGUCCAGCCGGUACAUAUGGGAGUAACUGCUCCUCCGCCUGUAUAUGCAAGAACAAUGCUGUGUGCUCUCCUGUGGAUGGUUCUUGUACAUGUAAAGCAGGCUGGCACGGUGUGGACUGCUCCAUAAACUGCCCACGAGGUUCCUGGGGUCUGGGAUGUAAUCUCACAUGCCAGUGUCAGAACGGAGGGGCCUGCAAUGCUUUGACUGGAACGUGUACCUGCCCGCCUGGCUGGAGAGCUGUGAACUGCGAGCUCCCGUGCCAGGAUGGUACCUAUGGAAUGAAUUGCACUGAACGCUGUGACUGUAGCCAUGCUGAUGGUUGUCACCCAGUCACUGGGUACUGUCGUUGCCUGGCAGGGUGGGCAGGUAUUCACUGUGACAGUGUCUGUGCUGGAGGUCACUGGGGACCUAACUGCUCACUGUCAUGUAACUGCAAAAACGGGGCUUCCUGCUCACCAGAUGAUGGCAUCUGUGAAUGUGCUCCUGGGUACCGAGGAACCACAUGUCAAAGAAUUUGUUCUCCAGGGUUUUUUGGACAUCGUUGCAGCCAGGCUUGUCCGCAGUGUGUCCACAGCAACGGGCCAUGCCAUCAUGUAACAGGCCAGUGUGACUGCUUAGCUGGCUUCAUGGGUUCACUCUGUAAUGAAGUAUGUCCAAGUGGCCGUUUUGGAAAGAAUUGUGCUGGCAUUUGUACCUGUACCAACAAUGGGACCUGUAACCCUAUCGAUGGAUCCUGCCAGUGCUACCCUGGGUGGAUUGGCAGCGACUGCUCCCAGUCAUGUCCUCCUGGCUACUGGGGCCCCAACUGUAUUCACACAUGUAACUGCCAUAAUGGAGCCUAUUGCAGCGCAUAUGAUGGAGAGUGCAAAUGUUCCCCUGGCUGGACUGGACUGUACUGUACUCAGAGGUGUCCGUUAGGUUACUUUGGAAAGGAAUGUGCUUUGGUGUGCCAGUGUCAGAAUGGUGCUGACUGUGACCAUAUAACCGGCCAAUGUACUUGUCGUACAGGAUUCAUGGGAAAGUACUGUCAACAGAAAUGUCCUUCAGGGUCUUAUGGAUACGGAUGCCGGCAGGUUUGCGACUGUCUCAACAAUUCCACAUGUGACCACAUUACUGGGACUUGUUACUGCAACCCAGGCUGGAAAGGUACAAGAUGUGACCAAGCUGUUAUGAUAAUUGCUGGGAACUUGAACAGCCUGACCCGCACGAGUGCCGCAAUCCCUGCUGAUACUUACCAGAUUGGCGCCAUUGCUGGCAUCAUUAUCCUCAUCCUGGUUGUCCUCUUCCUGCUAGCUCUCUUUAUCAUCUAUAGACAGAAACAGAAGGGCAAAGAAACAGCAAUGCCAGCUGUAACCUACACCCCCACUGUCCGUGUCCUGAGCACAGACUACACCAUUGCAGAUACCCUCCCACACAACAGUGGAGGAAAUCCUAACAGUCAGUACUUUUCUAACCCAAGUUACCACACUCUGAGCCAGUGCACCACCGGGAAUCACAUAAACAGUAUGGACAGAAUGUUUGUGUCUAAGUCAAAAAGCAGCCAACUUUUUGUGAAUCUGAAGAGCUUGGAUCCUGGAAAGAGAUCACACACAAUCGAUUACACAGGGACUCUGCCCGCAGACUGGAAGCAAGGAGGAUAUCUGAGUGAGCAUGGUCUGCUGAAAACUUCUGCAUUCAGCAUAAGCAACUGCUCACUGAGCAGCACUGAAAACCCUUAUGCAACCAUCAAGGAUCCACCAGUUCUCCUACCAAAGCACACUGAAUGUGGAUACGUGGAGAUGAAGUCACCAGCACGCAGGGACUCUGCUUAUGCAGAGAUAAGUAAUUCCAGCCUGACCAAUAAGAAUGUUUAUGAAGUUGAACCCACCAUGAGUCUUGCCCAGGUUGGAUUCAACAACAACUGUAAAUCCAGCCAAGAUCUCUAUGACCUUCCAAAGAACAGCCACAUUCCAUGUCAUUAUGACCUGCUACCCGUUCGGGAGAGCACGCCAGACACUAAGAAAGAGUGAAUGACAGCAGCAAUCAAUCAAACAGCAAUAUACUGAGGCUGACUUCUACUGAAUUGGACGCUUACAAUCUCUAGACUGAUGUCCAGUGUGACUACCGUUCUCAGCAGUAAAUGACUACCAACAAAUCUGGAAACAUUGUUUGGCAAGCAACAGUCAAGGACUUAAUAAGAAGACUAUAUGAUUUAGCGACAGAGGAGCAGCUGACAAACAAGGAUUAAACUCUCCUCUGUGCUGUAUAACAAUAGGGAGACUAUUUCCAGUAAUAGAAACACAUACUGUACUGUACCACUAACCGUUAUUUACAGAUCUGGAGAUGUUUCAUUCCAAGGGGUCUCGUUGUUCAGUUUUAAUUUCUACAAAUGUAAAUUUAUUUUUCCAAAAACUUUCACCCAGUUGUGUCCUCCAACAGAUAUACAGGUCUGUGAGUGUUAAGGGGUUGAAAUGACCACAAGACAACUAAAUAAGAAAACUGGAAAACCACAUCAUAAACCACUACAUUCUGUGAAAUGUUAAUCUGUGUUUAGGCUGCGUGUGGAUCUGUGUCUGUGUGUGUGUGUGUGUAAUACCCACCCAGAAAUUAUUUCUAAAUAAUGUACUUCCAGUGUGGGUUAUAUUUGGGAUAUUUCAGUGUUCAAAACAGUGGUAACGUCAGUUAAUGAGGCAAUUAGGGGUGAACUGGACAUAGGGAUCACCGGGAAGAUUCCAGGUGGGCCAAUGUGCAUGUGGGGGCUUGUUUUGUUUGUUGACAUGUGAGAGGUGGUGUGCCGCCAUGAUUACACGAUAUACCUUUGGUGCUGCCCAUGUCAGGCCAAUUCUACACAUUUUUUCAGGGCCACCUUCAGUUUCCAAUCCGCCCCUGGAGGCACUAUUUAGUUAAGUACUUUAUUUCAGGUAAUACUGAAGGUGAACGAUAGCUUUUCAUAACUGGAAGAAAAUACUACUUAGUCAGAGAGUAAUUUUAUAGUUGUCCUUUACCACCGAACUUGGAGCUGGCAAGCGAGUAGCCAUGGAUGUCAUAAUUGUGACUUAUAAAGUGUCAAGAACAUUUUCUAUUAAUGGGCAUUUGUUGUAGACAGAUUAAAACAAUUACAGUGAUAACAUCUAUCGUAAACUCCAUUAUACACGAGCAAGCAUUCUACAGCUUUAUUUUUAAUACACUGUACUUCUAUGUAAGCUACAAGGCCCUUCACAUUUUUACAUGGCAGCCGGCAUUCACUAUGAGGUGUUAUUACACUGUAAUUUGUUGUGUUCAUGCUGCAUCCUCUGAAAAGGCAUUGAUGUGUCUAUUGAAUUAUUUUUAAUUAUUUUUUACAUACACAUCUUUUUCAUGUACCUUUGCUUCUCCUUCUAGUAUACCUGCAUACACACACUCACAUUGCAGGCAAUCAUUUUGUGGACUGAACCAGUAUUUAGCUCACCAAUACACAGUGUAAUUCAGACCUGAUCGCUAGGCUGCGUUUUCUCACAGCCUGUGAUCAGGUCCGAACUGUGCAUGCGUAUGCACCGCAAUGCGCAGGUGCGUGGGACGACUGCACCGGGCAACGGUGCAUAACAUCGGGAUGGUGCGAAAAAAGCGCAGGAUCGUUUGCAAAGAGAUUGACAGGAAGAGGGCGUUUGUGGGUGGCUACUGACCAUUUUCAGGGAGUGUCUGGAAAAGCGCAGGCGUAUCCAAGCGUUUUCAGGGAGGGUGUCUGACGUCAAAUCCGGUUCCGGACAGGCUGAAGUGAUAGCAGCUGCUGAGUAAGUCCUGGGCUGUGCAGAGACUGCACAAAAUCAGUUUGUGCAGCUCUGCUACACAUGCGUUCACACACUUGCACAGCUCAAAUACCCUCCCCCUGUAGGCAGUGACUAUCUGAUCGCAGGACACCAAAAAUCGCUGCCCAGCGAUCAGGUCUGAAUUAGGCCCACAGUCUUAUAAAUAUUGGUUCAGCCAGAAAAUGGAUGCCACUACUGUAAGUAGACGACAGAUAAACUUCAUCGGCCUGUAUGAACUAGUCAGACUGUAGAAUGAUGACAAUCUGAAUUGUUCACAAAGAUUUGUCAUUAAUCAUUUUAAAGUAGUAAGUAGUGCAUCCGUACAAUGAACAGUAGGGACAUUUUGGGGAGAAGGUAAAGCUGUUUUUUUUUAAAUAAUUUUAAUAUUGUUAUAUCCCAGUAAGUAUUAUAGGAGUGAAAUCAGGUGGGUGUACAGGUAAGUUGAUAAAUGCAUGUACAUUAUACAGUAUAUGAAGGCAUGUCCUGUAAUCUUUAGUGGGGGUUCCACAAUAUUAGUCAGACAACUCAUAUGGUACUGAUGAUAUGACCUACAGGAACAGGAAAUCACUUGUAAUAAAAUGCGGCUUUCUAUUAACUUUCAGUAUUAUUGAAAAUAUUUUUUUGUUUGUUUUUUGAAUGCCAAAUUUUUCUGCAUAUGUUUGAAUGAUUUAUUAUGUGUUAUGCAAGAUGCAUAUCAGCAACUAUUUCUGGUUAUUGUUUUUAUUGUUACUAUUUCUUCAGUGGUUGUGUAGUGAAACUGACGAGUGCUGUUAAUUAUCAGUGUUAAUAAUAUACUUUUUUUUACCUUAGUCGUGUCAACAUACAUGUUGUAAAAAAUAAGCCUCCUGUGUAGAUUAUGUUUUAUGCUAAGGAACCGAAUAAUUUCUGUGCAUACUUGCUAAAAAGGCACCUUUUUAUUUGUUUUAUAAUUUUCUUUUAUAGUGAACUUAGAGACUUUAUGCUUUAUGCUUAAGCAGGUCUUUUGCAUAGCUCUUAAAAUAUUAUUAUACUUUUAACUAUUUUUUUUGCUUUUAUAAGAAUAUUACAUUUAGUUGUUUGUAUGAUCUGUUUGCUCAGUCAGUUUAGCUUUGAUUGUUCAUGUUAAAUAGUGAAAGCUAAUAUCUGGCUGCUAUGGGUUUGUGCGUACAGUAUGCACACCUUUUUACUUUCUUAAGCUAGGUACACACGAUGAAGUUUUCUGCCACUGGAAGGUCCCGAUAUCUGCGCUACACUGUAAGCGUUUUUUUAUGUUUCAUAUUUUCUGCCACACCACAUGAAAUUUGCUUAUACCUACAAGGAGAUUAUGUAAUCAUGAUAAACCAUCGAAAAUAUGGCAAGCUUAUCAGGACCUUUUGGCUGAUAUUUUCUGUCACGACCGAUCGGAUAAUCAAACCCAAACGUUUCAUGACGUUUUAUUGGCAUUUGGUCAAAGUGCUCAUGUCUACACACUGCACAAUAAAAUAAGCCGGUCACCUGAUUAUUGGCAAAUCGGCCGCAUAAUUAUACAGUAUGUACCUAGCUUUGGUAAUAGCUUCCAAGGACAACAGUUAAUUCUGUUUAUGUUGUGGCUUUGCAGAAUAUGUACAAACUGUAAAAUGGAGGAAAGUGAUCAGAACACAUUUAUAAGGCAUAACAAUAACAACUACUUUGAAAACCUUGUGCCUGUUCCACAUUAUAAAGGUGCUGAUGAAUGAGUGGAAUUCAUGUCACUACACUGUUUAUUAUUUAGAUGUAAAUGUGCAAGUAACCUACAAACAGUGAGGGCAGACAUUUUGAGGGCUGAACCAAUAUUCUUCAUAUAGUAGCUUAUCAUUUCACAAGGAACCAUUUCACUACUAACCAUUUAUGAUUCCUAAUGAAUUGAUGAGCAGUACUGUAAAAAAUUACAAAUUUAGUCCUUAAAAUGGCUGCCUCUCCACAGCAACUUAUUUACAACGUGCAUUGGAGCGUAGCACAAUAUAUCUCGGCUUUGCAUCAUGGUGCGUGUAUGGUCUUCCCAGUGCACAUCAAGUUGCAAGCUUAUUUUCUGCUUUCAGAAUUUGCAAUAUAGAAAUGCGUCCAGUUUAACAGGGACUCAGCCAUGCCCCCAAGAAGACUUGGUCAUGCCCACUUUAACGGUGCACAAUUUAUGUAAAGCCACAGCAGGGCCAGUUUAAGGUUUGUGGGGGCCCCAGGGCAACUAAUUUGUGGGGUCUCUUCCAAUAAAAUUGUUGAAAUUAUAUAUUGGCGAUGUUACUAAUAAGUAUAAUGUGUAAAUGUGUUGAACACACUGUAGUGCCCCCAGUUCAUAUUAUGUCUUAAAGAGCCCCCUGUUUACAUGAUGCACCCCAUGGUGGUGUUGUAGUAGUUUGUGCCAUAAGUGGGGGGCCCUGGAUGACCAACCCAGUUGCCCAGUUAAUACAGCUCUGAGCCCCAGUAUUAACAAUUGAGUCUGGCCAUCUAUAUUGUGCAAAGUCCACAAAGAAAUGCCUAGUUUUGCAAAGGUGCAUUGCAAUGGCAUAGAAUGCAUCAAAAUACAAAUACAGGGAACAUUGGGAAUACAGGAAAAAUACCUGAACGUUGCCUGCUAAGACUUCAAAAAAGUCAGUUCCCGUUCUGGAGUGGAAAUACCCCUCUGCACGGCUAGUGCUUCCCCAGAAACAUGCCUUCUCCCCUCCUUUAUCUCAUUUCAAUAAUGCUGCAAAACAAGCACCAGUGCACCUAUUCUGUGCUUUCCAAAUAACGCCCUGAUUCCACCCAACUUCUCCUAUAGAUCAGGGCCAUCCUAACAUAUAGGCAUACUGGGCAGCUGUCCAGGGACCCACAAUUUUAGGGGCCUUUGAGCAGGGGCAGGUGAUGGUUACACAAUUAGAGCGGUUAGGCAGAAUUCUCUACCUACCUCUCAGCCUACAGCCAGACAGUGAACGGCUGUCAGCAUGCUGAUUGGUGGAUGGCUGGUGCUAUUCACCAAUCAGUACUGACAGCCGUUCACUGUAUGGAAGCAUUUGGAGAGACGUUGUGGGACCUCAGGAGAGGCAUGUUGUGAUUUUAUUUAAUUAGUUUUCGUGAAUGAGUGUAUAGGGGCCCCAGCAGAGCCGGCCCUAACCAAUAUGAUGCCCUAGGCAAGAUUUUGGCUGGUGCCCCCUAGCACCACCGCUGGUUCCGCCUCUGACCUUGCACUUCUUUCCCAGCACCAUCACCCCUCAUCCAUAGCAGUUCUUAUUUUGGUGUUUGUACCCCUCAAUUUUAAAUAGGAACAGUUCACACAUUUGGCGCACAGCCCAAAAAGGGGUGUGUUUUUGCUGGCAAGGGGCAUGUACACACAAUAGUAACCCCAAUUCCAAUUAAGCCACACAGUACUGCACUUUAUUCACAUUUGAUCAUGCGAUACUCAUAUUACAUCCCACAGUAUUAUCACUUUACCUUAUAAACGUCACAGUAGAGCCCCUUAUUCACCUUACAUCACAAUGAAUUGCUCCUUAUUCACAUAACGCCACACCCUUUCUAUAUGCAACGCCACAUAGUAGAGAACAUUAAACACAUAAUGCCACACAGUAAUGCCCCUAACACAUAUGAGAUACAUUAUUAAUGUCCUUAUAAACAUAAUGUGCCUUACACAUUAUGACAACCUUUAUUAAUGCCCUUUUACACAUAAUGUCCCUUACACAUAUGCCGCACAUUAUUAAUGCCCUUAUACACAUAAUGACACACAUAAUGCCCCCUACACAUUUGCUGCACAUUAUUAGUGCCCCUAUACACAUAAUGACACAUACAGUAGUACCCUGUUACACAUAUGCUGCACAUUAUUAAUGCCCUUAUACACAUAAUGACACACAUAUUGGGGGUAAUUCCAAGUUGAUCGCAGCAG